AUGGACAGCGCGGAAGUUUCAACUCCAACGGCUGACUCUGACGAGCAGCUAAAGCAAAAGCGAAAACGUCUUAGCAUCUCCUUAGAAACAAAGGAAACAAUUAUUCAAGAAUGUGAGCUAGCUUUGCAGGAAAACAUCAGCUUUCGUAAACUGGCCAAAAAAUGGGAAAUGAAUCCUCAAACGCUCUCUCAUAUCUGGAAAUCGCGCGAAAAGAUACUCGAACUAGUUCAAAGGAGAAACAAAAAACCGCCUCUUUCAGCAAACAGUCCUCUUAAAAACAAACUUCAGCGAACUCCAACAAAAGAAGUUUCCUUGACGAAUGGUACCUCUGGUGUACACACAUCAAUGCUCACAUCUAUUGAUAAUGUUCUCAUCACUUGGGUUGACGAACAAAUUGCUAGAGACAUCAUUGUGACAAAGGCCAAAUUGUGUGACAUGGCAAAGUUACUUUAUUCCAACUACGAGAGAAAGCUAAACCCAAACGAGGAGUGCAAGUUUGAGGCGGACACUAGCUGGUUUCGAGGUUUCAUGAAGCGUUUCAAGAUCAAAUCUAAACUCAAAGAACUAGUUGCUCAAAAAGCCAAAUACGACGAUAAGCCGACUUGCGAGUUUAUUGCCAAGUUUGAGCAGACUGUUUCUAAGGAAAAGUAUUUGCCCGAACAAAUAUUCACUGUUGAUGAAAUUGGUUUCAAGUGGAAGAUAAAUGGAAACUUUCAAGAGCAAGUUAUUUUGCUUCUCGGCGGAAACGCUUCGGGUGACUUUAAACUGAAACCGUUAAUGAUCAACUACACGGAAGCGCCGAGAGCACUGUUUCACGUACUCCGCAAUACACUGCCUGUCACAUAUCGUUCCAACAAAGCUCUACGCAUGAAUAAUGAUAUAUUCACAAAGUGGUUUCGAAAAUGUUUUUGCCCGCAAGUGAAAGACUAUCUUGCCAGCAAGAAUAUCGAGUACAAAGUUCUUUUGCUGAUUGACUCGGUUCCAGCACACUCAAAGACAUUGAGCUUCGGCAAAAAAGUGAAUGUCUUAUCCAUUCCUCCUUUAGUCUCGUGCAAGAUUCAUCCAAUGGUCAACUCUGAUUUACGAAAUGCAUUUCGAGAUGCCUACUUAAAAAGAGCAAUGAAAAUGGCCAAAAACUAUCUUGACUCAGCCGUUAAAGAAGAGAAAAAGUCUGAGUUGAUCGACUUUUGGAAAAGUUUUAAUAUAAAGCACUGCAUUGAGCUCGUAGGACAGGCAUGGAACGAAGAUGUCACUAGAGGAUUAAUGGUUAAUGCCUGGAAGAAAAUGUACCCAUCAAACCCUAGCACUGUCACAGAGAUCUCAACUUUGACCACAAUGGAGCAUCUAAACGAUGAACGGCUGAAGAAUGCAUUCGACCCACUGCGCAACACUUAUACUGACGAUUUAAUUGACUACUUUGAAAUUCACUCAGACCUAAUCGAGCAGUACAUGGCGGGCGAUGUUCAACAGCAACUUCGAAAUGGCAAUAAUGUUGAUGAAUACUCUUUCACUUCUUCUCCUGCCAUUUCAGAACUCUCUACCACUUCUUUGACAACUUUUAGACAGCAAUCGUCAAAUCUUUUAAAGCGACAACUAAAGACUCAGCCAUUUACUUCACAAUCCUCAACUUCGUCAUCAGUGUCAUCAUUUCCAACCACUACCAUCUCAUCAGUGUCCACGUCUGAAAGUGUUUCACAUGCGAGAAAGCAAACUUCAGACAACAUGAAACGUCCCUUGUUGAAGCAAGCACUGCUAAAUGGUAGCAAGUCCGUAAAGUUAAAUGGUCAUGUAGUCAAUUCCAUUGGUUCUCUACAGCAAAAUGGAAUAUCUUCUAAUGGAGCCAAAGAUGCUUCAAAAAUGGAAUUAGCUUCAAAAGAAUCGAAUGACUUGAGUCCAGUUAUGCGAGCAGAAAAGAUUUUACAUCAACAACAAAAGAUCUAA